AUGCUUGAGUGGUUGAACGUUUCUACCGAUUGUGUCGGUCGGAUUCUGACUGGUCCGUCCCUCGGCAUGGUUUGGGGCCCCGAACGAGGCGGAGACCAGUGCCAGGCCUUCUUCAGAGAAUCCGUCGUCUCCGAUUUUGCGACCGCUGGUGAUUCCACCCCGUUGAGAUUGCACGCCACUUGGCUAUCACAGGGGUGCGAGACGAGAUCGGGACCCGAGUACGUGAUCCGAAAGUACACCUUCUACGAGAACGAUACAUUUUUGCUGCUGCGUCACCACUACGCUGAAGAGUCGUGCAGUGUGGCCACUCACACAGUGACAGCCAGAGGUGUGCUGCGGCUGCUCUCAGCGUCCAUUCUAACUCCUGGAGCCACAGAAGCUAGGUUUCAGCUGGACACGGUCCACGUGAUCCCCCUAAAUCGGCAGGUUGCCCACAAACUGGGACUCAGGGUGAACUCAACGUGCGGGCCGCAGCCAAAAUGGCGGCCGUAUGUCCCUCAGCUCGUCUACGAACAACCUCAUCACCGCGUUCCCAAUCCCUUGUGGGAAGGGCCCAGGUACAACUCUCUUCACGGUCAUCAGCCAUCGCAGAAUCGGCGCGGCAUCGACUGCCUCGAAACACUCGGCCUCGAGUUUGGAGAACUGCGACUCCUCAGGGUCCAAAAGAGACCCUCGGUCUCAAAAACGACCCAUUACAAGCCCGUAGGCAGACCAAGAGUCGAACUCCUAUUGGGCGGUCUUCCGCCCACGACUCAAACUCGCUUCACCCACAGGCCCACGGCUUUACAGUCAACCGCGCUUCUGCGGUCUGACACGACAACGGGGUGUCCAAUGUGCAACGCGAUAUCCCGAGGAACAGAGACGAGUCCUCCGGUUCUGCACGAGGUCGCAGCACUGCCAGCGUUGCUGGGUGGAAGCUGGACGAGCAAGAGCUGCGAGAGCGAAGAGGGAGGCUUGUGGGUGAGGAGACAACUUCGAGUAUGGCCGGGAGACAAACUGUGGACGGGGCAAUGGGACUACUUCAGGGAUCCGAAGUGCAGCUCGUUCCUCUACGCAGUGACAGCGGCUGGAAGCUACGUUCAGCGGGCUGGGCGACAACGGCGUCACGAAGAGCUAGAGUCGGAAGCUCCGCAGUUCGCGAUGGACGGGGACCGCCUCGAAGAUCGGGCCCGACGAGAAGUGGUGCCUUGGAUGACUCCGGAGCUGGCGAAGAACAUAUGGGACAUAUACGCCCCGAAACGGGAGCAAGUGUCGGCGGAUGAGAUGCUCCCGUCAAUGGACGAGAUCCAGGAGGCCAUCACACGGUCGCCCGACGCGCCGAAGGUCCCCGAAUCUGAGGCCCACCUUUCCAAGCGCAGCCUCGUUGAUGAGGACGACUCCUACCGCCAUCUGCUUCAAGACGCGCAUCCCUCUCUCGCGCUCUCCUUCGCCGCCAUGCUGCGAGGUAACCAGCGCUACGAAGAAACGACGCCCAGCGUCUUUGUCACCCCGACGCCACCGACUCCGACCGGAACCACCGAGCUUGACCUCCACGUCGCCGAGUCCAUUCUUGUCCCCGGUGACCCAGGGGUCGCUGCUCGCUGCGGCGGCCGCGGCCGGCUCGCCACCUGGCCCCCCGAUUGCAUCCCGCGUUCCCUCGAGGCGCCGGCUAUCCUUGGACUCAGGGCUCGCGUCGGCGUCACCUGGAGCGGCGAAUACACUCUCUUCCUAGGGCCCAGGGACAGCAGCCUCUGGAACGCUCCGCUCUAUCAGUGCGGACCCACCAGUUCUCACAAUUCCGGACUUCGCGCUCAUCUCAGAACCAUCGUCGGGCUCAAGUAUGGGCUCUUCUCACCCUCGUCGGCGAUCGCUCAUAAUCAACCUGGCACUGUCCUUCCGCUCUUGCUUCUCAGUUUUCUGAGAGCGAUGCUAAGGCUACUUACCUGA